AUGAACGACAUUCUAUCCGAUCCGUCUCCCUCGUUGCUUGUCAGUGCCGCCGCCGUCGCCAGUGUUGCAUUGUAUGCAAUCAACAAGACCCGCGAAAGGUCCGCACGGAAUUCCGCUCUGCCGCCAGGGCCCCCCACAGAGUGGUUCUGGAGGAAACCCAUCCCUGCCAAGGAUACCCAUCUGGCGUUGGCUGAAUGGACUAAACAAUACGGACCUGCAUUUACCGUGCGUCAUGGAAACAACAUCACCAUCAUCGUGGGUCGCAUGCAGGCUGCCGUCGAUAUUCUCGAGAGGCAGGGUGGUGUCACCCUAAGUCGGCCGGAAGCUGUCGUUGGUGGAACGAUGCUUUCGCAGGGGCGGCGUCUCCUCAUGCAACCUGCUGGCGAAAUAUUCAGGAAAAUGCGCAAAGCUGUGCACGAGCCUCUGCAGCCCAAGAUAGCGAAGACAUACUCGCCCAUCCAAUUCGAGGCUGGGAAGAUUUUUGUCCUCAACAUCCUCGAGCGCCCUGACCUUUUCAGCCACUUCGCAGACCUUUACGCUGCUACUGUGACUCUGAAGAUCACCUACGGGAGGUCAGCGCCUUCUUCGUUCGACCACCCCGAUGUCGCCCGUAUCCACAAAAUAACUUCCCGUUUCCUGGGCACUCUGAAGCCCGGCAUCUACCUGGCUGAGCGGUUUACCUGGUUGCAGCAUGUACCUGGAUACGCGCCGGAAAUAAAGCAGUAUCGCGAGGAGGAGCUGGCAUUAUUCCAGGAGCAGGUUAAAAAGACGCUCACGUCAAUGGAUGAGAAAUCUGGAAGGCCGUCGUUUGUGAAAUAUAUGUUCGAGAACCCAGAGGCGCACGGGCUGGACGAAGACACACUUGCGUACUUGGCCGGGUCCCUGUACGGUGCUGGCUCGGAGACGACAGCAGUAGGAAUCACGAGGAUCAUCAUGGCCGCCGCACUCCAUCCCGAAUCUCAAGACAAAGUGCUCGCCGAAAUUGACAAGCUCAUCGGGGAUCGAGUACCCACAUGCGACGACAUGGGAAACCUGCCGCAGCUCGACGCGUUUGUGCAGGAGGCCCUGCGCUGGCGGCCGAUCGUCCCUCUUGGCUUCAACCACAAGGCGACAGCCGACUUUGCCUGGAACGGGUACCAUAUCCCGAAAGGAGCGACAGUUCUCGGAAACCACUGGGCGCUCUCGAGGGACCCAGACAUGUUCCCGGACCCAGAGAAAUUCAACCCUGAACGCUGGCUCGAUGCUCAGGGCAAGCUCAAGCCACAGAGCGAGAUUCGGUAUUUCUACUACGGCUUCGGCAGGCGGGUGUGCCCCGGCCAAUACGUCGCCAACCGGUCCCUCUUCAUCACCACGGCUUUGCUGUUCUGGGCGUUCCGCGUCUCGCAUGAUCCGUCGAGCCCAGUCGACCCGAACGCGUUCGACGGCGGGCUCAUCGCGCAUUCGAUGCCGUUCAAGGUCGCAUUUAAGCCUAGGCGUAGUAACGUAGAGGAGAUCAAGCAAGCGAUGAUGAGUGCUGACUGA